UUUAUCGCUUUUUGAGCCUCAUCGCAAUCACCGUUGUUUGAAGAAUUUCAACAUUACUUGUAAAAGCAGAAAAUAAAGAGCGGAACUUUAUGAAAUCGAUAUCAUAAGUAACGCGGACUCAACAUUUCCAAUCGGUUGUUUUCAUUACGGGAGGAGGACGCUUAAACAGUGAAGAUCGCAGAGAGUUACAAAGUUUGAUUGACUGGUCGUCCAUCCAGUGAGCAUGGAGGCAGGAGAAGACCAGACCAACUCCAGCUCAGCCAAUAGCAGCACUGCGUCGGGGGGAAACUCCCGCCCUCCUCAGAUAGCUCAAAUGUCUCUUUAUGAAAGGCAAGCUGUGCAGGCACUGCAGGCGCUACAGAGGCAGCCCAAUGCAGCUCAGUACUUCCAGCAGCUGAUGCUGCAGCAACAGAUCAACAGCGCUCAACUCCACAACCUGGCUGCUGUGCAACAGGCAACUCUUGCAGCCAGUCGUCAAUCCAGCUCUCCCAGUAACAGUGUCUCUCAAGCUACAAGCUCAGCUCAAUGCACAGUCAACUUAAGUACUACCUCUGGGGGAGGGACCAUGACAAACCCCCGUCCAAUGGGACCUGCCACUUCUGCAACAUCAUCAGCCCUUAACCAGUCAGUGUUGCUGAGUGGAAACUCGGGCGGACAGGGUCAGAUGUACCUCAGAGUAAACCGUUCCCUUAGGGCACCUCUUACCCCUCAGCUUAUUUUUAUGCCUGGCGGUACGGCAACAGCUGCUGUGGCAGCGGUUGCCCAACCGCAGCCUCAACAGCAACAACAGGAAGCAACUCCCACAUCCUCAAGUAACCAGUCAGACAAUGAUCAGGUACAGAACUUAGCAAUGCGUUGCGUCUCCACUCCAAGGGUGGCAACUGGCAAGACAGAGUUUGCAGACAGGAAGGAGACAGGUGGAUCAUUCCCACAGACACAGCAGCAGCAGUUUGGUCAAUCAGCCCAGCAGGUCCAACCCCAGGCUCAACCGCUCUCCAACACCAAACUGCCCAACUACUCCAACUCCACCAACCCCAGCAUUUCUGGCCUUAACAUGAAGGGCACCAACCAAUCAUCUGUCACACCACAGCAAGCGGGAGGUUCGUCCAACCCUCCUUCAUCAUCCCCUUCCCCGUCGCUCCCCCUCUCUCAGCUGAUCCUCUCUCAGUCUGGAUUGUGCCAGGCUCGAGGUGUUCCUGGUGCGGCGGCCACUGUUACCCACAUACUGGUGCCCACCUCAAAUGUUCCCACCUCUUCUCAAGGUUACACAGUGACAGCCAAAUCAAACAUGGCUGCCCAAACAUUAGUGGUGCAGCCUCUCCAGCAGACAGGGGCUAAUCUGACUACAGACAAACUGGGUCAUGGAACGGGACAUGUGCCCAUUCAGCCUAAAGCAGCUCAGGGGCACCGUCUGCCAGUCCAGAUGUCCCCUCGCCACCCGCCUCCCAUCCUUCCGGCACCACCCAACAACAACACUGGCACGGGCGGCCUUCACCCACCCCAUGUCCCAGUUCAGCUGGUGGGAGCUAGGCAGAGCACACUAGGAAAUUCCCAGGCUUUAGCAGUUGCUCAGGCUCGGCCCUGUUGCUCCCAGCAGGACACGACAGCCAACUCCAGUAGCAAUGUAGUUACUAUGGUGACCGCAGUGGAAGCAGGAGGAGCUGGCAUGUGCCUUAAAGCAGCCCAAAGUGCCCUCCCAGCGUCUCAGUUGCAGACCAAUCAGAGCACAGGAUUGAAUCAGGGUAAUCCUGCUUCAGUCUCAAACUCAAUGGAUGGACAGAAUAACUCUGGAGAUGCUGUGUUUGUUCAGUCUGUACCAACUCAGACAAAACAAGUCAUUGGUCCCUUAAAACGGAAAUCGGAAUCAGAUGCAACCCAUGAUAUGGCAGCGGAGACCAUCAAUGCAAUUCAGUCCCUCCAAGACUCCGCCCCUCCCCUCUCGCCAGCUCCUUUGCUAGACACGGUUCCAGAGAUGGCAUUUCCCACUCCUCCAACUCUCUCUCUUUCUCUUCCUCGUGGAGGAGGGCAGGGCGAUCGAGCACCUCUCCCACAGGCUGUGGUCAAACCUCAAGUUCUCACUCACCUCAUUGAAGGUUUUGUGAUCCAGGAGGGAGCAGAACCUUUCCCUGUGACUGGUCCAGUAAAAGAGCAAGCAGAAGGAGUUCUUCCUGUUGCUAUUCCACCCAUCCUACAUCCAGUGAACCGCAACUCUGAAUUGUUAAAGUGUGAAUACUGUCUGAGAUUUGCACCAGUCAGCCAAUUCAGACGAUCCAAACGCUUCUGUUCCAAACUCUGUGCUAAGAGACUUCUGGACGUAAGGUACAAUGUCAGCUGCAGUAACCACUACCGCAUUAGUAGGGGCAUUGGUGGUGAAGAACGACCACCAGGGGUCUCCACUGUCCAAGAUGUCAUUAGACGCAGAGGUCCUCGCAGAAGCAGCUCUGAAAUCGCCUGCGCUAAAAUUGCAGGCAGGCAUUUAGCUGUAAAGUGCCGUUCCGAAUCCAGUCGUUCUGAAGACGUCUCCAGCUUCGAUGGGGAGGAAGACGAAGACUUCUUGUCAUUCUCUCCCAGCUCACCCUUCUCGUACCCAAGACCGGCACACUGUGGCCCUCAGCUGGAUGAUCCCGCACCAGGUGGCCUUCAGGUGGAUGGGAAUCACUUCCUGUCUGGCAACCCUUCUCAAUGGAGUGUGGAGGAAGUGUGUCGGUUUAUUUCUUCUCUUCAAGGUUGUGAGGACCUUGCAGCUCAGUUCCUGUCUCAGGAGAUUGAUGGACAGGCACUGCUGCUAUUAAAAGAAGAGCAUCUCAUGUCCACCAUGAACAUCAAACUUGGCCCCGCCCUCAAAAUCUGUGCUUCUAUCAACAGUUUGAGAGACUGAACAAUGUGAGAUGCAGGAUAGGAGCUUUAUUUUUCAUCACCAGCUGGAGGAGUAGAGGGAGAUUUAAAGCUGUUAGGAAUGAUGGCUGACAAGAGGGAUUAAUACACAAGAAUGAAGAAGAAAUGGAAAAGGUGACAUCUAAACCGAUUAGCAAGAGAGACUGAAGAGAUAACAAGCGAUGCCUUAUUAAAAGCUAGACGAUUUACAAACAAAUCAUUUACUGUAGUAUUCAUCUUUAGAUUUGAAAGACUGGGCUAGUAAUAGUAUUAUUUUGAAUCAUUGUUUUGUAUGAUACUAGAUUUGCUACAGUAGUUCUCAUUUUAAAGGGAUAGUUUACUAAAAAAGAAAAAAAAUCUAUCAUCAUUUACUCACCGUUGUGAACGCCUUCCUUUUCCAUAAAAUAACGUGAAAGUCACCAGAUAACAGAUGGUAAUAUCUAAAAUAUCUUAUUUUGCUCUCAAAAAAUUGCAAGAAAGAAGUCAUGAUAGUUUCAAAAAUAUGAAAGUAGGAUAAAUGAUGAACAUGAUUUUCACUAUCGCUGUACAAUUGUCAUGUUUUUAUACACCGUCACGUAUAGCCUUCAGGAAAUUAUCCUAAAAUAAAAAGAUUAAAAAUGAUAAAAAUAACAGGAUGAUGUUGGGGAUGAUAAGCUUAAUGCAGCCCUCACAGUAGGCUUUGAAUGUUCUACAAUUUUUAUAUUUUUUCACAUAGUUUUGAAUAAAUAUGCGAUCUUUUGAAUAGGCAAUUGUAAAUGUGUUAUCCUAAAGUCAUGUUUGUGUUUGUCAGUUACAUUAAACAAUUGUAAUCAAAGUGAUGGUGAGAUUACAGACGGUGAUCAAUGUUACACUUUAGUUCAUUUGACUAUUAGAGUUAAAGAUGUGAAUAAGUUGCCUUUCUCACAGCGACAGUAGUAAUGACUGUAUUAGAUUUUUGCCUUUGACAGCUGUCUGUUUCUUCAUGGCUUUCUUUUCUCCUAUGUGAACAAAGACAAUUAAGCAUUUACAUUAUGUGAACUGUAAUGUAUUUCAUCUUGUCCUCUGGAGGCUUUAAAGGGAUAG